CCUCCUCCUCCUCCUCGUCGUCGUCAUGGCAUUUCCGACGCCCGAUAGCGAAUUCAUGCCGGACGACUCUGAACUCUCCUCUCCUUCGGCAGCGCCGUCUUCUCCCCUGGCGGCGCUCACCGAGUCGGUGAGAAUCGCGCCUCCAAUGACCUCCGUUGCCAACGCUCGCGUACCGGAUGACACCAACCGAUACGGGAGCAUCGGCUAUGACACCGUCGUCGGUGACGGUGUAAAGUUUCCGGCUCGGAAAUUGAAGCCUCGCGGCGCGACCGAGGCGGGUUGGGUUUUGGGUGCAGAGCCACGGCCCGCGCAGUCUGAGUCCUGGCAAGGGUCUUUCGUUAGACCUUCACUUCCGGACUCGGCGAAGGAGCUCCCGCUAGCACCGUCGUCGGCUGCUCCCUUCUGUGGCGGCGGCGGCGGCGCUAGCAGCAGCAGUUCGUCGUCUAACAACCCUCCCAGAGCGCCUGCACGAGCUCCUCCGCUGCCCGAUCAUCAGAGGAGUCAUCAUCGUCUCGCGCCAGCACCACAUACGGGCGCCGUUCACCGCCGAGGCAACAUUUACAACGGCCAGCAGAGGGGAAACCAAAGCUGGGUCCCUCCUAGUCCUAGGGGAUCGCACUACGGGAAUCAGCACCAUGAUGAGAGAAGUAGCUACGGUUGGCACGACCCUCAACUCCCCGGCCAUAAUCUCUACACAGGGAUGCCGUUGCCACGGCUGCACCAGCCAACAAGUCCGUGUGUGCCAUAUGUCUACGCGCCACAGCGUGCUCAGGCCCAGCCUCCCCUAAGUCCCAUGGACUACAACGGCGUUGCCUCUGGAUACAAUGCUCAAUUCGUGACGCAUCCGAAUCCCUAUGCGAGUGUGCCGCUCGACACUUAUCGAAUGCCUUUCAACAAUUUCCAAAGGCCACAGCCGCUGACUGUGGCUCCUUCCACAAUCAGUAUUCGUGCUCCGGUUGACAAUCGGAAACUGAGCUUGAAGCGGCAGAUUGAAUACUAUUUUAGCGUGGAUAAUCUCUGUAAAGACAUUUUUUUACGUGGCAAGAUGGAUGAUCAAGGUUGGGUUCCCGUCUCAUUGAUUGCUACCUUCAACAUGGUCAAAAGGGUGACCACGAGCACAACGGAGAUAUUGGAUGCUCUAAGAGAUUCGACAAAACUUGAAAUACAGGUGUACUUCACCCUCAUCUUUUCCCCUCUUGAUUCUACUCUUAUCAGCUAUGUUUCUUAAAUAAUUCAUCUUGGUAUUUUUCUUCAAAACCUGUUCCUGCAAUCAUCUACAGGCAGAGAAAAUUAGAAGACGCGAGGAUUGGAUGAGAUGGUUACUGCCCUCGAUGGAAAAUCCAAAUGGUUAUGGUUCCACGCCUAACUUGACAUUGAACCAUGAUGAUUCAGUCAUCCACCCCAUGCAGACUCUCGGAUUAAGGGAAUCUUCCAGCCAGACCAUCAUGAGUCGUACUCAAACUGAGGUAGCACUUGAUAGGGGAUCAGCAUCCUGUAGCUGCAACAGCCAGCAGGAUAGAGAUCCAGCUCAACUAGAAGAACUUUGUCGCAGUGGUUCAGAUCAUGAAAUAGGCAGUGACAAAAGCUAAGUUUGGAGGAAUAUGGCUGGAACGGAUUCAUGAAUCCAGAUACAGAUGGACUGUUGUUAGAUUGUCCUGUCUGGUUCUUUGCCGUCGGGCAGUUUGCUAAAUAUAAAGGAGAUCAAGACUGGUGAUUAUUUUUUUUUUUUUUGAAAGAAA